AAUUGCGUUGACCUCACCCUCUUCCCCCCCCCGCCCAAGAAUUCCGGAGUAGGCGGCCCCUGUGGUCGCUAUGGCGACUGUCGUUAGCAAGCUGUCGGUGUCGGAGACCCUGGAAGCUUUCAAUGCUAUUCUCAGAAAAGUGUCAGGAGACAAAGCUCACGCCUCUGUCUGGUUCAAGGAGAGCAGCACGCGGAACUUGCGCAGCCGGGACUUCCUAGCUCCGCAAGCUGCCCUGAGGGCCCUGUUCGCGGACGGACAGGUUCCUAAUGGUGUUAUCGAGCGUGUGUUCUCGCUAAAAUGCCCAGGGGUGCCUCCCAUUGAGAGCUGCCAAAAGGGCCCAGUAGGACUGACUGUGCAGCUGGAGCGACCCGCAGUCUUUGAGCAGAUCCUGAAAGACAUUCCUGUGUACACAAGACCUUGCCAGCCAGCCAAUGGGCACAGCAUCAUCCUCAACUGUGUGCCCCUGCACGGUCACAAAGGCCUGGAUUCACUCAGCCUCAGUCAUCUGAGAGCCAUCCUGGUAACGGACCACCUGGCAGGCGUGCUCCGAGUUCAAGGGAUGGAUGUCCAUCUGGUCCCAGCUUUGGGGGAUGAGGAAAUCCAGAGGUUCCUGCACCAGCUGCGAGUUGCGUGGCCUUCAGCUUUGGAAACCUCUCCCAACUCGGAGGAUGUUCUAACCAUAAAGGAAACCCUUCGACGGUGUCCUUAUGCUACACUUGCAGAAACAGACCAAAAUGAGGCAGUGUAUAAACUGCACUUGAAAGGUUUUCUAGAGAAGCAGCAGGAGCAGGAGGGAUAUGACCCUAACCUGGAUGUCUUUCUUGUGAUGGAGGAGAAACUACGCCAUGUGGCUGAGCUGCAGAAUGUGGCCCUGCAAUGCACGGCGAUUGCACCAGGUAAAUGGUGCGGUGUUGUGCAUGUGGUGAACAAUGAAGAGGCAUUCCAGCAGCAGAAGGUGGACCUCUUGUGGAAGUUGGUAGCUCCGGAAGCUCUUGCAACCCUACAGAAACAUCUCGUCUGUGGGCCCGUGAAAGCCACUAAGUGUUCCACUCCUAUGAGCAUUCUUCAGUACUUCCAGCUGCGGCAUUCCCAGAUGUAUGAGGCCUCAAUGCUGAAGUAUGGAGACCUUUCUCAGGAUGAAACCUGGACCGAAAACAUCAGUGUCCUGACAUCAGCUGCCAUCCGAUUUGAGAUGCUGAGCACGGCUCAUCAGAAUCAGAUUCUCCUGGAUUUGGAGACCAGCAUCUCUACCAAGGGGACCAAGAGUGGAGCCUUUGUAAUGUACAACUGUGCUCGACUUGCCACACUCUUUGAAACCUACCAGCGGGCAGCAGAGCAAGGUGUGUACCCAUCUUUCCCCCUACCUUCAGAGCUGAACUACUCCUUUCUCAGAGAAGAGGGUGAAUGGCUCUUGUUGUUCAAGAGCAUCCUGCCCUUCCAGGAGGUACUGAGCCAAGUGAUGCCGCUCCCCAUCUCCAACGGUGGCCUUAGGACCACGGCCAGCACUGAGGCGAUUUGCAAAUUCCUGAUCCAGCUGAGCAUGGAUUUCAGUUCUUACUACAACCGGGUGCACAUCCUGGGGGAGCCACGGUCCCACUUGUUCAGCCAGAUGUUUGCCCGCUUGCAGCUUAUGAAAGCCGUGAGGGAAGUGCUCCAUAGUGCUCUGGCCACCCUCCACCUGCCUCCUCUUAGCCAAAUCUGAGCAAGCCAGACCUGUGCCUGCUGAGGAGCUCACAGAACCCUGCCUCAGAUCUUCCCGAUGAAGAGCUUCAUGAAGAGACAGGGGAAGCACAGCCCCAUGGCCACAAGUGAGGAAAGGACUGUCACCAGUGAUCGUCUGGCAAAACACAGCCCUGCAAGACCCAAAUAAUGUGUUGGACUUGAACUGCUGGAGAGAAGAUUGAGGAGGGGUGCUUGGACUUCUUAUAUACUCCCAACAAUGAGGGGCCUUCUGAAAUGCUUCACUGCCCCAGUGACCAAAUUCCAGUUGGAAACCUAAAGAAACGAAACGGCAGCCAGCGGGAAGGAACGUGGGGGAGUGCAUUACUCCAGUUCUUAUAUUUUGCAUUUGCUCACAGUGGGUGUAACGAAAUGACCAAACUUGAGUAAACUAAAAGAAAGCACCUGUCA